AUGGUCGAUAGUAUGUCGCCUCCCCAAAUCCAGGAGUCUUUGCAUCAACUCACGGCCUUCGAAACCUCCUUGCUCGUGUUCUGUGGCAUCUACUUUCUGGAGUACAUCCUCCAUCUGCGCUUCGAUUGGUCGUUGUUCAAGGGUCCCGGAGCCCCGCGUCAUGGUCUCAGUCGUGUCGACGUCGCGCUUGUUACUCGAUGGACCUAUCUGAUAGAUCGCCUCCUUCUGCUGGCGUUCAGUGUCGCUGGAGUAACACUGAUGAUAUCAGACCAGAGGGACUGUCAGGCUUUAGCACAGCUGCUUGGGUUUGCAGGAUUAUCUAGUCUUGUUUGCGGCUGGAUCUUAUUGAGCAUACGAGUUUGUGUCAUCUGGAACUGGGACAAACGGGUGGCCGUCUUGCUCAUUCUUAUGAUCCUGGCCAGUAUUGCCUUGGCUAUUCGAUGUGUCGUGGAACUCAGCGCUGCAUACAACCAUGUAUUUCAUGCUUGCAUCAUCGACCGAGUUCCCGGUCUCCUUACUCUGACCGUCUCGCUACUCGCGGGAGAGUCCGUUGUGCUUCUAGGCCUGUUUGUAGGGCUGCAGAGUAAAUGGCGUGGUGCCCGUCAGUUUCGCAUGUGGAACGUACUUUGGACCCAGGGACUGCUGCACUUCGCCUUUUGCCUUGCGAUGAGGAUACCCCUUGUGGUGCUGCUCGCAAGGACAACCAGUCCUAUCGCAGAGCUCAUCGUCUUAACUCCCACGUUCGUAAUGGGUCCCAUAGGGGCGAUGCACAUGUUCCGAUAUUUGCAAACAUCUGUUCGCGGAGAUAGAUCACCUCAGUUUGGCACCCGAGAUCUUCCCAUGCGCGCCAAUAUCCAGCUCGCCAGGCAGGGAGAAGCCGGAAGCAAGCAAGCACUUACCAGGCAUGUCGAUGCAAACGAAGAGGUCCGUCUUUCAGGUUUUGCAGUGUGCCGCCAAUGA